CACACUACAAAGAGCCCGCGACUAACUGCAGCCCUUUGCCGGAUUUCUCCGUAUUCAGACACAUAUUUAUAAAACUAAUUUAUUCAGCAAGCGUCUUUCUUUUCCCAAAAGGAAAAGAGGGAGAUUGGUAAGAGGUUGUGGCUGCGAUGAAGACUGACGCUGCUAAGGGCACCUCCAACGGGGACAUCCACCCGGGCGAGAACGGCAACGAUGUAUCGAUCGGCGGCGACAAUGUAGCGAGCCGAAAGCCGGCGGACAGCAUGGGCAAGGUCCGCGGCUGCAUCAGGGGGAACCUGCUGGUCAUCCUCACCGUGACCGGGGUCAUCAUCGGCGUGGCGAUCGGCCUGUCGGUGAGAGGCCUCGGGCUCGGCAGGGUUCAGAUCAUGUACUUCUCCUUCCCCGGCGAGCUGCUCAUACGGCUGCUGAAAAUGAUCAUCAUCCCGCUGGUCGUCUGCAGCCUGGUGGCGGGGGCCGCCAGCCUGGACACGAAAGCCCUGGGCAGGCUGGGCGGCUGGGCAAUGCUGUUCUUCUUCCUCACCACGCUGCUGGCCUCGGCCACCGGUGUGGCUAUGGCUUUCAUCAUCCGACCUGGAGCAGGCGCCGAGGCCAAGCCGCAGCUGCCCGGCAUGGAGGAAGCGCUCCCGGAGCCUAAAGAGGUCACCGACUCCUUUCUGGAUUUAGCAAGGAACAUCUUCCCAUCUAACCUCGUCUCGGCAGCAUUUAAGUCGAGCGCUUUGGGAAUUCCUGAGGACGUGAAUCAUACUAAUGAGAUGCACUAUUUCUCCCUUCCUUCCACUGUCGCGGCUUCGCCCCAGAUUCCCGUUCCCAGCAUGGUAGAUGGAAUGAACAUCCUGGGGCUGGUGGUCUUCGCCAUCGUCUUUGGAAUCGCCCUGCGCAAGCUCGGGCCGGAGGGAGAGAACCUGAUCCAGUUCUUCAACUCCUUCAACGAGGCCACCAUGAUCCUAGUCUCGUGGAUCAUGUGGUACGCUCCUUUCGGUAUCAUGUUCCUGGUUGCAGGCAAGAUUGCGGAGAUGGAGAACGUCUUGUUGCUCUUCACCAGCCUUGGGAAGUACAUCUGCAGCUGCAUCGUGGGGCACAUGAUUCACGGGUUAAUCACGCUUCCCUUGAUCUAUUUCAUCUUCACCCGUAAGAAUCCCUAUUCGUUCCUCUGGGGCAUCUUCACUGCCCUGGCCACUGCCUUUGGAACUGCGUCCAGUUCCGCCACACUGCCCCUCAUGAUGAAGUGCGUGGAAGAAAACAACGGCGUGAGCAAGCAAAUCAGCCGGUUUAUUCUGCCGAUCGGCGCGACCGUGAACAUGGAUGGUGCAGCCCUCUUCCAGUGCGUCGCCACGGUCUUCAUAGCCCAGCUCAACAACAUCACCCUGAACUUUGUACAGAUCAUCACCAUACUAGUGACUGCCACCGCUUCAAGCGUGGGGGCUGCCGGUAUUCCGGCGGGAGGUGUCCUGACGCUCGCCAUCAUCUUGGAGGCGGUGGGCUUGCCCACGAGUGAGAUCUCGUUGAUCCUUGCUGUCGACUGGAUAGUAGAUCGCACCUGCACGGUUCUCAACGUGGAAGGCGAUGCGUUCGGGGCCGGCCUCCUGCAAUCGUACGCCGACAAGGAGAUGACCAAAGAGCCUCAGGGGGAGGAGCUCACGGAGGUGAAAACGGACGGAGUGGCUGCAGUGAAGUCCGAUGAGGAGGGGUCGCCCCUCAUCAAGAAAGAUGUAAAAGUAUCCAUCGAAGGCCGCAAGGAUUCUCUGGAGGAGUCAGUGAUGUGAAGCUUGGAUGUGUGAAAGAGAGUGUCUAUCCCGGACAAAUACUUGAGAACCUCGUGCUAAGGAAAUGCAAUGGAUUCUCCCAACUACGCGUACGGACACUCCCACUAAAACUUAGACAGGAAGUGGGUGAUAAAGGUCAUGAGAGAACCCAGUGAUAUUAUGCAAUUUUAUCUCCCUUUUCCUGCUCCUCCCUGUCCCUCGUCCACAUCCCUCAGCCUGGACAGCAGGGGCUCCCAACCUCCACAGUCGCCACCGGGGAUUCUGCCGUGGCAUCAAACUUUGUGUGUGCACAAAGAAGACUUGAGGACAGUUUUAAUCUCUGCAGACUCCAAAAAAAAAACCCAAAGUGGAAUGUACUUAGUGAGUCUAGAAGGUCUGAAGUUUGUCAAAGCUGCGAGGGAGAUCUCCCUCAUAUAGUACGUUACGUCUAUACUGGUACUCACUGGUUGUGGGGCAGGGCAGCUGGCAGGAGCAGGCUUAAUACUUGGAACAAGUCAAUCCUGCCGGAAAUACACAACGGGUCAGUCAGCAUCUGUGGACGGGGAAACGGUGGAAAUUCAGAAAUGUUAACUCCCUUCUCUCCACAGAUGCUGCCUGACCUGAUUUUUUCUUUUAGCAACAUUCUGAUUUUUUUUUAAAUUGGAUUUCUAGAUUCUGUGGAAUGGUUUUUUUUUGGCUUUUCUAAUACUUUCCUACUUUUUCUAAUACUUAGAGUUGUCUAUAUCUUUGAAGUUUUAGCUCAGUCCAGCUCUUUAUCACUGGCGUGAGAAUUUGGGGAGGCGAUUUAUGUCUUUAUCUCUUCGCUUUGAAGCGUCUCUCACUGAAUUAUUUAAGACAAAUAGAAAUUUAUCAGCUCUGGAUAGCAGAAAACAAGAUGACCCUGCCAGAGUUUAAUAGAGCUGCUGAUCCCAGUUCAAUCCUACCUCCUGGUGCUGUCUGUCUGUGUGGAGUUUGCAAGCUCUCCCUGCAACCACGUGGAAAUUGUGCUCUUUAACUUCCAAGAGUAUAACCAGACUGACUUUAAACAGAUUUCUGGACAGAAGCUGCAGCCUUUCUAUUGAGGAAUAAAAGAUUGCCAGAUAAAUAAUGGAUACUCAGAUGGUCUGCCAUCUGAAAAGGAAGGGUUUUGAAAGACACUAGGGACUGGUUAGGUUGAGUUCUUCUCCAAUCUUGACAAUUUACUUGCAAACGUCUUGUCAUCCGUACAGGGAGACAACGCCAGCCUGCUGCUAAUGCUUGGCCUGUAUAUAUUUUUCAACCUACUGAUUGGUCGUCAUUACGGACACUGAAUUGUGAUGUAGGGAGGAAGUCUCGUUGCUGAUUGGCUGUGUGGAGAGUCUACGUGUUUGUUUACAGAAUUGUUCGCGGAAUGCUUACACUUACAGGAAUUCUUUGGCACGCUGCGUGUUUGCCUGCGCCAUGACUGGUGUGUCCUCUCGAUCUUCAUGGGUAGAGAUUAAGGAGAGUUGGGCACACCGCUCUUUACCGCCAGUUGAAAUUCCCGAAUGCUGGUCGACAGUUUUCCGGAAACAAUUUCGUAAACAAGCACGGUCAACCUGGAUCCUAUUUUUGAGGCGAUGUGGGCGAGCGCACCAAUCUCCUCCCCACGUCGCAAUGUCCAUCAGUCACCUUGGCCAAGGGUGACCCGAGGUGAGCGAAAGGAAGAAGCUCCUUCGGUAGAGACUUAUCUCCGGCCUGCUGACCGGGUUCGGGUAGUUUAGUGUUGUGUAGAUUGUAGAACUACUAAUGUGUUGCAUUGGAUUGUAAUAUAUUAUACCAAAAUGAUUUGUUAUCGGUUUACACUCCCAAACCCAGGGUGAAUUCCCAGCUGGUUUGUGGGGAUUUUGUUUUACGUGACCGCCUACCCACUUCACCACCUCCUUUCGUCCUUACUGCCUUCUUUGAGUUUUGAUUGGGUUUCUUCAGAUCAUGUUCUGCAUUGAUCUUUCAACACUUGAUAACGCUGAAAUCUACGACUGCACUACAGUACUGAUGGGUACAGGGCUGUCACUGCACUAUGUUGUCGUAUAGCACUGGCAAGAUCCUAGUCAGGGCAAUGUAACACUAGGCACUAGGGCACUGGGUACAGACCUGCCACUGGACACCUGGGCGGGGUGUAGGUCGAUUAAUGUAAAACACUGGUCAUAACACAGGUGGUUAUGAGUCUUGUUGUAUAUGUCAGUACGCUAUAUGUCUGUCACUGUGACUGUAGUCACAAAUAAAACGAGCAAUAGUUUCAGUUGGACUCAGUGGCAGGAAAGUGAUGAAUGAGAAAGUUCUUGUAAAAUGGUAUUAAGAUUAUUUAAGUCUAGCUGAAAGAAAAGAUUCUUUCAUGGUUAUUUAUCAGCUGGUUCCAUCGUACAGUAUACAACCUGAACCUCUUGCUCUCUGCAGACAUACACGAAAGAGAAGAAACCCCAAAGACAUUUUUAGUUUAAGUUUGUGGAAUUUCGGCACAGGGACCACCAAACGGGUACCCACAAACCCAGCUGACAACAUUGCCUGUUGUCGACAGAGAACUGUAUGUAAUACAGUCCACUAAGCACAGGUUUAGAAGCCAGUCCGUCUGCCUCCUGGUCGCUGCCAUUAAAGCCAGAACACUCUGGGGGGGGGGGGGGGUGGCGUCAGCGGGCGAGGCGAGACCCGCAGAGUAACGUCGGCCGUGACGUUCCAGAUUGUCAACCGUGUCAGGGCUAGAAAGUGUUGUUCCAUAGCUGAGCGUGCGGGGAAAGCAGCAGAAAGGGGGAAGUCAGUGACAGGACAGUGGAGGGAGUAACUGUGCGAAGUGACAAUAACACCGGGGCAGGGGGAAAGGGGGCCAAGGCUAAACUAAGAAGUGAAGAGGUUCAUUUUGAAAUGAUAAAUCCAUAAUCAGCAAUCAUACGUUUAAAGAUGUAACGGUCUUGUAGAAUUUGAUUGUGUUGAAGUCAUUGUUGAGACGAGGUUGCAAAGUGAUAUUGCAUUGUGAUACAAUGAUAUACAACAUACAUAUAUCCUCUAAGUAUAGGAUAAACCAGGAGUGCAAAGUCUAAAGUUAAUGGCCACUCUUCGAGUGAAUCCUGUAUCCAUGCUUCAUGAUUUAUUUGUCUUUUAAAUUUGUGAGGCCUUGAAAGUUUGGGAAGGAGUGUUCUGACUACUGCUGCUCUCGAGUGUCACUAUAACCUGGUGAAGACGCUUGAGAAUUAAUGGUGACAGAUACGUAUGUGAAUCUUGUGAUACAGGUUACUCAGAUGGUCCUCCGUUGAAGCUGGAACCCUUCUUUAAGGGAGCGGUAUUUUCUUCACGGUUUCAGUACCUUAAUGUCUUGUGUACUUUUUUUUAUAUAAAAAAAUACAGUUCUAAUUUAGAUUUCUA